CGGCUACUUGACGAACUGCAUCAUUUCGCCGCGCCUUUGCAAAACCCCCAUUCAGAGACAGAAGGAGAAAGGAAAAAAAAACCCCCCCAAGUCCCCGUGGUCCUCUCCCCUCUGCCCCGCUACCAUCACACAUUCCAAUCCUGGCAGCCUGGGCGACGGCGACGAUUAUUGGAGUCACCCGCAAUUAUUACGACCCUUGAUUGGGAAAAGUUUCUCGCCAUGGCCUUCCCUGGAUAACGAGUCGUCGGUUCGUCUCUCUCCUCUGGCCGCUGCUGGGUGGCUGCGCUGUCCCCAAAGGAUUAGGGACUUGGGUUACCCGGCAUUCCCUAACACCCAUGGCUCCCGCCGCCCGGAUUUUGUCAAAGCCAAACAAACCUCGCUUGAUCCUCCUCAUAAGGGCUGCCACUCUGCGCCUUUUCUCGCUUGGGCUUACCCAAGGCCUUCCUUCCCGCGCCUCACCGCCCCCUACCUAGCCGUGUCAUCUAUCUAAAUCAGCCACAAUGCUGCCCACAAUCGAAAAUAUCCACGAGCACCGGACGUGCGAGAAAUAUAUUAUUGCCCUCGACCACCCACAUUCUUCCGUUGUUUCGCCAUCGCUGGGACACCAGUCGAACGACUUGCGCCGGGUGGCCAGUGGAAAAGAUGGGUCAGCUGCAACGUGGUUACUUUUGGCAGGUGGCGACGGCUAUCAUUUGUGGAAGUUGUACCCCCGAAUAGCGGUCACCGAAUUUCCCCUGACACAAGUAGUUUGCUGGCGAUCGGAACGAGCAGCAGAAGAUGCAGCCACGGACGAAAGGCUCUCUACCUAUCUACCUAUCUUCCCACUUGUCGGUGCGUAUACUAAAUUCUGCCCUGAUUGCACCGCAGAUCUCUUCUCCUAGACCUGGUCCGGUCAAGUUUCGAUUGAAAGCCAAGCGCGUCUGGCGAUCAGUAUUGAAGUCAUUGCUCCACUUCUGGAAAGGAACGGCCGGUGAUGUACGGAAUAAGUCAAAUGGCUGGAGUGACCUGUUGUUUGAGAUUUUCCCUCGACUCCACAAGACAUUCAAGACAACGACGUCCCAGCAACCACUCAUCUCCUUUCGUGCGCAAAACAUUUGCUCUCCCCAGCAUUCCGGAAAAUUAGAUCGUGGCGACGGCGGACCUCGCUUGCGGGCUUCUUUCAUUCUUCUGGAAAAUUGCCUAGACAAGGAAUCUACCCAUUUCGCCGCUUCUUCCGGAUUUGGUGCGACAUCCGGCCGUACGCAGACACGUGGGCAUCUUGAUGCUACAGCAAUCCAUCACCGGCGCUGCUUCGGACCACCGGCGCCAGGGCUAUCGUCCAAGGACAGGCGGUUGCUCGCACCAGGAUGAUCUUCCGCCAGCAACAUCCUCGUAGUUUAUGGCACCUCCGUAGGAACCGUCGUCAAACUGUGGCUUUGGGCAUGGCUUCCCACGUCACCCUGCUCCGCUGUGAACGUUGCAAUUCAGGCUGGGUUUGAUCCACCCCUCAUUGACCACAUGGCUUUACCUAGG